AUGUUUUAUAAGUCUGUACUUGACAAUUACGAUCAGUACCGCUGUCUCUCUGUCUGUCAGCCAAGUUAUGCACCACUUGCAAUCAGCAUGGUGUCACCAUCAUCAUCCUCGUCAUCAUCAUCAAUUUCAACAACAACAGCAGCAAUAGUAGGAGGAAGGAGCAAUAGCUGCUGCAUCACCACUACCGCCACCCACAGAAGUAUUGCUAUCAUGCGAUUGUUACUGAUCGCUUGUGUUGGACUUAUUAUCCUAUCACCAUCCACUGUAUCCGCUCAGGAAACAUCUGCGGAGACGAGCGCAACUACGAAUACGGAAUCAGUAUGCAAUGCUAACGAAAUUUUCGAUGGAAAAACAUGUAAAUGUGCUCCUGGGUACUUUAUGAAAUCAAAUAGAGAAUCAAAAUCGCGAUGCGAAGAUGAAUGUGAAAAAGUUUACUUUACGUUCUUUACAUACGGUGCAUGCAUUGGUGAUAUUUACGGAAGAAUACCGAAGAAUGCACAAGCGCCGUGUAAUUUGCGAUGUGGUUUAAGAAUUCGUACUUUAGCAUCCAUUGGUAUCUUUGCGACAUUUGCUGCAGCACUUGCAACUCUCAUCUUCACAUUGCCACUUUGUAUCACAACAUGUGCAUCAUGUUUGAAUGCACGAAGAGCUAAUAAAACAGCAAAACGAGUUUUUAUUGACAGUCAAAAUCAGCCAUACAAAGAGCAACAACUUCAAACACUUUCAUAUAAUCCAUAUGCUUAUUGGCCCUAUUAUGGACGAGCUUGA